CCCCGCUGCCAGUUACCGCUCUCCGUCGUCGCCCCGCUCGACGCCAACAGCAGGGCCAGCGAUGGCGGAAGGCUGAUUUGGCUCCUUGCUUCCGCAGGCCGGUGAAAGGCCGGGUGAAAGAAGUUUAGAGAGAGAAAGACAGCUGCCCUCCCUCUCUCUCUCUCUCUCUCUUUCUGACCUUGGAACACUUCUCUCACUAAGUUUUGGCAGCUUGUAGCCUUUGACUUUCAAAAUGUCAAAGCAAAAAAGCAGCUCCUUCCUUUCUCUCUCUACAGACCAUUAAAAAAGGGGAGGAGGAGUGCCUUCUCUCUCAUCACGUUAUAUAAGGAAAAAGGAGAAGCCUCAGCACUUAUUGCAUCCAAAGUCAGCGCCGUCCUUUCUGCACCCCACCUUCUCUGCUCUCCCCUCCUUCCUCCGCUGCUCCCUUCUUCCCCGCUUUCGCUCUCGCUCGUCUGAGUUCUGUCUGGUCGGAGGAGAUAGUGGUAGAGACUAGAAAGUCAGGCAUGGCAGACUGGGAUCUGUUCGCUGUGGUGAGAGGAUGCUGCAGCACGGCCGUCUCCGCCUCCUCCCCGUCGGCUCUCCGCCCCGCCAACGACCCCAUCGGCUUCCCUCCGUUCCCCGACGGCGACCAGGGCAGCCUUGCGCUCCCUUCCUUCCCCGACCUCUUCGCCGCCGCGCCGUCUGUGGAACUGGACGACCUCUGGAAGCCCUUCUACUCGAAGCAAGCCCUGUCCGUUCCCCAGGAGCAGAAGAGGCCCCUCCCGGCCCUCGCUAGUUCCGCCCCUCAUUCGCAAGCGCCGCCCCGCUCUAAACGACGAAAGAAUCAGCAGAAGAAGGUGGUGUGUCACGUUCCGGCCGAGGGAUCGGUCGCUUCGGAUGUGUGGGCAUGGCGGAAGUACGGGCAGAAACCGAUUAAAGGGUCUCCUUUUCCGAGAGGGUAUUACAGGUGCAGUAGUUCAAAAGGUUGCUUGGCGAGGAAACAAGUGGAGAGGAGCAGAACAGAUCCCUCGAUGUUCGUCAUAACGUACACGUCGGAACACAACCACCCGGCUCCAACCCACCGGAAUUCUCUCGCCGGAAGUACCCGGCAAAAGUACGUCGAAAAUCCCACGACGACGACGACAACCACCACCACCACCACCUGUUCCAGCGGUGGCGGCGGUGCUAAUGGGCCUUGUUCUCCGGCGGGUUUGUCGCCGACGACGCCGUUGACCGCAGCCAUGGAAGAGACCAGCAGGCCGCAGUUCGACGACGACGAACCGGAGAUGACGAUGGGUUCCGUCGGGGAGGAGGAGGAAGCGGACCUUUUUCUGGAUCUAGAGGAGCUCCGAGACGACGUGUUUGCGCCAUCGGCUUUGUUCGAUGACUGUUUUCCGAUGGAAUUUCCGGCGUGACUCGCGAAUGCACCACCAGCCGCCGGUCGGCGUCCCACUUCCGCUGUUGUCUUUUCCGGCGAAUUAUGGCCGUGCUUCUCACUGUAGAUGCCUUCCCUAUAAUCAGAAUCUCCCCACCAACACUAGUUUUUUUGUCCCUCUUAUAAAAAAAUCCACAGAUUUCAGAUGGGGAGGAUUCCCAUUCCGUCUCCUCCCAAGUUGAUCAUAUCAAAUGUAUAACAAUAACAAAUUUAAUAUGUAUAAUUUUCCUACA